UCGGCCAAUAAACGCCGCUCUCUCGCCCCCGUGUUACUGGGUAGAACAAAACAAAAACAAACAGAGCGAGAGGGGGCUGAGACGCUCUGAGGCGGCGGCAGAGGCUGAGCAGCGGGUCUCGGCCGGCGGACCGGGGACCUGGGCGAGCAGUGGCGACGGCGGCGGCCCGAGGGGUCAGUACCAGCGGGGCGGCUCGCACGCUCAGAACGACUGCACUCUCUCCCUCAGCCCCCGUCUCUCCUCGGAGGAAAUAGAUCCCAAGGGAAGACUUCCAUUAGUAAUAUAAUCAGUGCACGUGACAUUAAGGAACUAUGGAUGUAGAAAAUGAGCAAAUACUGAAUGUAAACCCCUCAGAUCCUGAUAAUUUAAGCGACUCUCUCUUUUCUGGUGAUGAAGAAAAUGCUGGGACUGAAGAAAUAAAAAAUGAGAUAAAUGGAAAUUGGAUUUCCGCAUCCUCCAUUAAUGAAGCUAGAAUUAAUGCCAAGGCAAAAAGGCGCCUGAGGAAAAACUCAUCCCGGGACUCUGGCAGAGGCGAUUCAGUCAGUGAUAAUGGAAGUGAAGCCCUUAGAAGUGGAGUAACUGUACCAACCAGUCCAAAGGGGAGGUUGCUAGAUAGGCGAUCCAGAUCUGGCAAAGGAAGGGGACUACCAAAGAAAGGUGGUGCAGGAGGCAAAGGUGUCUGGGGUACACCUGGACAGGUCUAUGAUGUGGAGGAGGUAGAUGUGAAAGAUCCUAACUAUGAUGAUGACCAGGAGAACUGUGUUUAUGAAACUGUAGUUUUGCCUUUGGAUGAAACAGCAUUUGAGAAGACUUUAACACCAAUCAUACAGGAAUAUUUUGAGCAUGGAGAUACUAAUGAAGUUGCGGAAAUGCUGAGAGAUUUAAAUCUUGGUGAAAUGAAAAGUGGAGUACCAGUGUUGGCAGUGUCCUUGGCAUUGGAGGGAAAGGCUAGUCAUAGAGAAAUGACAUCUAAGCUUCUUUCUGACCUUUGUGGGACAGUAAUGAGCACAAAUGAUGUAGAAAAAUCAUUUGACAAAUUAUUGAAGGAUCUACCUGAAUUGGCAUUGGAUACUCCUAGAGCACCACAGUUGGUGGGCCAGUUUAUUGCUAGAGCUGUUGGAGAUGGAAUUUUAUGUAAUACCUAUAUUGAUAGUUACAAAGGAACUGUAGAUUGUGUACAGGCUAGAGCUGCUCUGGACAAGGCUACUGUACUCCUGAGUAUGUCUAAAGGUGGAAAGCGCAAAGACAGUGUGUGGGGUUCUGGAGGUGGGCAGCAGUCUGUUAAUCACCUUGUUAAAGAGAUUGAUAUGCUGCUGAAAGAGUAUUUACUCUCUGGAGACAUAUCUGAAGCUGAACAUUGCCUUAAGGAACUGGAAGUACCUCAUUUUCACCAUGAGCUUGUAUAUGAAGCCAUUGUAAUGGUUUUAGAGUCAACUGGAGAAAGUACAUUUAAGAUGAUUUUGGAUUUAUUAAAAUCUCUUUGGAAAUCUUCUACCAUUACUCUGGACCAAAUGAAAAGAGGUUAUGAGAGAAUUUACAAUGAAAUUCCAGACAUUAAUCUGGAUGUUCCACAUUCAUACUCUGUGCUUGAGCGAUUUGUAGAAGAAUGUUUUCAGGCUGGAAUAAUUUCCAAACAACUCAGAGAUCUUUGUCCUUCAAGGGGCAGAAAACGUUUUGUAAGUGAAGGAGACGGAGGUCGUCUUAAACCAGAGAGCUACUGAAUAUAAGAACUCUUACAGUCUUAGAUGUUAUUAAAAAAAUAUAAAUAUAUCUGAAUUGUAAGAGUUGUUAGCACAGGUUUUUUGUUGUUUUAUUAUUAUUUUUUUUUUGAAGCACUUGUUUUGGGUACAAGGCAUUUCUGAAAUUUUAUAAACUUAAAAUUUAAAGGGGAAUUUUUAAGGAAGUGUUUUCCUUUUUAUCUUUUCUUCUUCUUCUUCUUCUUCUUUUUUUUUUUUUUUUUUUGAGGGUCUAAAGGAGGGACAGAAGAGUAACCACUUCUUAAGUGGAAUAUUCUCAUAAGCUACCUUUUGUAAGUGCCAUGUUUAUGACCUAAUCAUUCCAAGUUUUGCAUUGAUGUCUGACUGCCACUCCUUUCUUUCAAGGACAGUGUUUUUGUAGUAAAAUCACUGGUUUAUACAAAGCUUUAUUUAGGGGGUGAAGUUAAGCUGCUAAAACCCCAUGUUGACUGCUGCUGUUGGAAUACUAUGCUUUGGGAGUAAAAAAAAAAAAGUUAUUUCUUUGUCUUAAAGAACUUUAAGAAAAUGAGUUAGUCAUAAGACUUAUUCAUUUUUCCAGGGAACAUAUUGAUUGGUCUUAAAGACUAGACAGUUAAAUAAAUGGUGGCUGGAACAUCUAUUUUUCUACAAAACUGGAAAAAUGAACCCGGUUCUAAAAGAAUGUAUGACAAAAUAAAACAUGUGAAGCAGUGUUGAUUCUUUA